CAGGGCGGGUCCUGUGCGGCGGUUUGUUAAAACUGCUGAUUCCCCCGGCGGAUUGCCAACCCAGCCCGUCGCGCUUUUCUGUCAUGCGUCUUUUGUCUUUCUCUUCCUUCCACGGUCAUUCCUGCGAAUAAUAUACUCAGAAUGGGGAGGCUGUGCACGUCUUCGGCUUGGGUCCUCACCUUCCUGUUGACUCUAUCGCUAUUCCCCUCUCCGAGCAUACAGAAAAACUGUACAUAUCCAGAUGGCACCGUUGCAGCCAACUACUAUCCGUGUGAUCCAAACGCAUCAAAGAGCGCCUGCUGCUUGGAGAACGAAGUGUGUUUGACGAGCGGUCUGUGUUUUGGGGGUGCUGGUUUGCCCUACCGAGGAGCUUGCUAUGGAGGCUGGACCGACACGAACAUCUGCCCGGACUACUGUAAAGACAUGGAAGGCUCUACAAACCGAUUUGUGAAUAUCUGGCCGUGUGAAGGCCUUGGCAGAGACGCACCGAAUGCAUUCUGGUGUGGAAACAACGGAGGCGUACCAUGCAAUACGACAAGCGAUACAGGCCCAGACAACGGAGCCAUGAUUACCCUCGGCCUUUUACAUGACAGCUUCAUCUACAAAACUGUUGCAACUGCUGUUCCGACCUCUGGGGCCACGAGUACCACCUCGAUUCCAUCUGGAACUGUCACUAGCCGCGAGACCAGCAGUACGGCCCCCGUUGUAACAGAUUGUCCUGCCGAUACAUCAUCAUCCACUCCCGCGGAGGAAGAUACUGGCAAACUCGUCGCAGUGGGUGCUGGUGUUGGUGCACCACUCUUCAUUAUGGCGAUGAUCAUGGGGGGUUGGGCAUUCCGGGAACGCGCAAAGAGAAGGACUAUGGUGAAACAGAUGGAAGAGUAUAAUGCGGCUGCUGCUGCGGCCUCUGCAGCUCGUUAUGCACAUCCAGAUCACCGACGCCAAAAUUAUAUUGCUGAGCUGCAAGCGGAGCCGGCGGAGAUGCCUGCUACUGAAAUUGACGCUGAACUGGAUGCGUCAGGGCGGAAGUCGAUUCGAACAUCGCUUCGCACGUCGUUUCGGACGAAGAGAUGAUCAUACCAUUGAAUAUAAAUAAUGUCAAAUAAUAUUGUAUAUAGACGCAUCCACCAAUGCAAAUUGAGGCAAUGACUUACGAACAAGACCAAACUGACUUGAAGAAUAUAUCAGCUACGCAAUAUAGCUAAACUUCC